CAAACACUGGAUGACAGGGAAUUAUUGAGACGCUACAGAUUGGAUCGUGCAGGAAUCAUGUUUGUGGUGGAUCUCCUUAGAGAUGCAAUUACUUCACCAACUCGAUGCCACAACGCUAUUACACCGGAGACGAAAGUAAUCACAACCCUGAGGUAUUUGGCAACUGGAAAAAUGCAACAAUGCAGCAGUGAUGACUUGGGUCUGUCCCAAUCCUCCAUCAGCAGAGUCAUCACCCAAACACUGACAGCUUUGUCACAACCUAAUAUUGUGACACAAUUUGUUUCAUUCCCGCUGGAUGCCCGCACUUUACACACACAUAAAAGGGCAUUUAUGGACAUUGCAGGAUUCCAUGGCGUUGUGGGUGUAAUUGAUGGAACACGUGAGAAUAAUUGCACCAUCAGAGGACGAGGCUGUCUUUGUUAACAGGAGGAAUUUCCACAGCAUCAAUGUGCAAAUAGUGUUCAAUGCGGCCUGUAAGAUUUUGGACAUUGUGGCAAAAUGGCCAGGCUCCACACAUGAUGCGAGAAUGCUCUCCGAGAGUGGCAUCAGACAGCUUUUUGAGAGACGCUAUGUGCCAGCUAAUUGCCACUUGUUAGGGGACAGUGGCUACCCAUGCAAACCAUGGCUCCUUACACCUUACCUCCAGCCACGCCAAGGGCCCCAACUAAACUAUAACAGGGCCCACAAGACAACAAGAGCGGUGGUGGAGCGUGGCAUAGGCCAGCUUAAGAGGCACGUUCAUGUUCUCCAUGGAGAGGUGCGGCUGAGGCCUGAAAAAGUCAGCAAAGUCAUCAUAGCCUGUGCAAUAUUACACAACAUUUGCAAGGGAUGCUGACGGAGCAGGUGCUGCGGAUGGGAAUGGUGUUUGAUCCGCCGGGCUACCCUGAGUAGCAGCUGCAGAUGGUUCAGGCGGCAAUCUCAUCGGCAAACUUGAUGGGCCCGGUUCUUGUGAUGGCUCCA